UUUAGCUAUUUCUAUAUUUUUACCAAAUAAAGGAGGUUUAAGUCCGCCGGGAGAAAAAUCCUCCGCAUCGGAAUGUCUCAGAGAGGAUUGCUCCGUUUUCUGUAGAUCGCUUUGGGAUCUUCUCGAUUUCUCCGUCGAUUGAUGCUGCAGUCUUUCACUGUUUCAAUCGCUGCUGUUUUUAUAAAAUUUUGGGGGAAAAUGGCAAGGAGUAGAUCCUCCAUCAGCAAAUGGAGGUUUCUAAAUCCGGCUUAUUAUCUGAAGCGGCCGAAGCGUUUGGCAUCGCUUUUGAUUUUGUUCGUCUGCGCGACUUUAGUUGUGUGGGAUCGGCAGACUUUGGUGCACGAGCAUGAGGAAGAGGUGUCUAAAUUGAACAAUGAAGUCACUCGGCUGCAUAAUAUGCUCGAAGAAUUAAAGACUGGGCAUAGUGGUGUGGGGACUGAAAAUGUGAUUGAACAAAGCAAUGAAAAAAUGAAAGUAGAUGUUUCUGAAGAUCCGAUCGACAUUGAACGAAGAGGGAAAGUUAAAGAUGCUAUGAUUCAUGCGUGGAGUUCCUAUGAAAAGUAUGCUUGGGGCCAUGAUGAACUCCAGCCUCAAACAAAGAAUGGUGUUGAUAGCUUCGGUGGUCUUGGAGCAACUCUAGUUGAUGCUCUCGACACACUAUACAUAAUGGGAUUAGAUGAGCAGUUCCAAAAGGCUAGAGAGUGGGUUGCAGAGUCCCUGGAUUUUAACAAGAAUUAUGAAGCUAGUGUCUUUGAGACAACCAUAAGAGUCGUUGGUGGACUUCUCAGUGCAUAUGAUCUGUCUGGAGAUAAACUUUUCCUUGAGAAAGCAAAGGAUAUUGCUGACAGGCUACUGCCUGCUUGGGAUACUCCUUCUGGCAUCCCUUUUAAUAUUAUUAACUUGGCCAAUGGAAAUCCACAUAAUCCUGGGUGGACAGGGGGUGACAGCAUUUUGGCUGAUUCUGGCACUGAGCAGCUGGAAUUUAUUGCUCUUUCUCAGAGGACUGGGGAUCCCAAGUAUCAGCAGAAGGUGGAAAAUGUCAUUACAGAGCUAAAUAAAACCUUUCCUGAUGAUGGUUUGCUUCCCAUAUAUAUCAAUCCACACAAAGGAUCUAGAUCGUAUUCAACCAUAACUUUUGGAGCCAUGGGGGACAGCUUUUAUGAAUACUUACUCAAGGUCUGGAUACAAGGAAAUAAGACCAGCCCAGUCAAGCAUUACAGGGAAAUGUGGGAGACAUCAAUGAUUGGUCUUGAAAGCUUGGUGCGGAAAACAACCCCGUCUUCUUUUACUUAUCUCUGUGAGAAGAUUGGAACUUCUUUAAUUGAUAAGAUGGAUGAACUAGCAUGUUUUGCACCAGGCAUGAUAGCAUUGGGCUCUUCAGGUUAUGCUCCUGAUGAAGCCAAGAAAUUUUUAUCUCUGGCUGAGGAGCUAGCUUGGACCUGCUAUAACUUCUACCAGUCUACCCCGACGAAAUUGGCUGGGGAAAACUACUUUUUCAAUUCAGGGCAGGAUAUGAGUGUUGGAACAUCAUGGAACAUAUUAAGGCCAGAGACAGUUGAGUCACUCUUCUACCUCUGGCGUCUGACUGGAAAUAAGACAUACCAAGAGUGGGGAUGGAAUAUAUUUCAAGCAUUUGAGAAAAACUCCCGCACAGACUCUGGAUACGUUGGAUUAAAGGAUGUUAACACCGGUGUAAAAGAUAACAUGAUGCAAAGCUUUUUCCUAGCAGAGACGCUGAAGUAUCUGUACCUUCUCUUCUCACCUUCCUCAGUCAUUUCACUUGACGAAUGGGUUUUCAACACAGAAGCACACCCUAUAAGGAUUGUAACCCGGCAUGACCAUACAGAGGGUAAGUUGGGAGUGUCCAAUGGUGACCAUCUAGAAACCCGGUCCCGUGCCAGGAGAGAAGGCCGUUUUCAUGGCAAUUAGGUGACCUUAGAUGUAUUUCACUGCAUGUCAUAUGCUAUUGCUUAGGAGGCCAUAGCAACUAGACGUAUCGAGGAGCAUCAAGAGACAUCGAGGUGAAGAAUAACAAGCUCAUAGAGAUUUCUCUGUGCAUUGCCUGGCCUCAUAGUAGAAUAGCUUUUACUUUGUAACAUAGAAUGGUAGACGAUGUUGUUGAUUUAUGACACCUUUUUGUAUGUUAGAGAUUCACACAAAUCUUGUCAAGUGGUGUAUUUUGGAGAUGGGCAUAUACUUCACGUAUUUUCAUUGCUUGAAGUUGAGUUUUUUCUACUUCA